AUGACUGUCUCUAAACCUAUAUCAACCGUUCUAUUGGUAGGUAAUAACCCGAAUAUAACAUUCUAUACAUCAAGAUUACAAAAUGCAAAUAAUAACCUAGAUUUAUUCCAUGUGAGUGAUUCUAAAUCUAACAUUUUUAGCAUUGAAACGGAAACUUAUGGUAAGGAACAAUUUGAAUUGGAUAAUCAUUUUACUUCCAUCGACCAUUUAAUUGAAGCUUUAAACCAAAUCUCCUCAGGUCAAAUUUUCUUCGAUUUGAUCAUUUUGAAUGCCUCUUCUUUACAACAAUUAUCCUUAAUAUCCUCUCAGCUAAAACAUUUAAUUAAUCAAGAUUCUAUAAUCGUUAUAGAAUCAUCAGGUUUCAUUCAAAUAGAUUCUUACUUCAACGGGCUAGACUCUCAAAACAUUAUAGUCAAUAUCUUAUCCGAUUAUAAUAUUUGUCAGAUAAAUCCAAAUGGAUAUAAACAGUUAAAUAACAAGUCAACUAAUUCUAAAUUUUCAUUAACUUUGGGAAAAAGUGACAAUAUAAACAGCAUUGAAUAUCCAAAGGAAACUAAAACAAAAUUACAAAAUCUUGAAACUUUCUUAAAGAAAUUCUUUACCAAUGAUACAAUCGACUUUUGUGAUUAUUCACCUUCCAAAUUUUCUACCAAGGAAUGGUCAAUGGCCAUCCCAAAAAUUUGUUUGGACCCUCUCUUAGUUUUACUAGAGGAAAACGAACCAACUGAUCUGUUAGAUAACAUCCUUGCAAAACCAUUAAUAUCCGGAUUAAUAACUGAAACAAUGACCAUAGCAAAGACACUAAACGUUAAAUUAGAUACUAACAUUGAUAACGAAGAUAAAAUCUUGAAGGUUUGGAGCGAUAAUUAUUCAGAAAAUACAGAAGGUAAGAAUGAAAACGUACCUUCAAUAUUGUACCAUUUCAUUAAUAAAUCAAAUAUACCUUUGAAUUUUGAUUUAUUGGUCUUACAACCAAUUUUAUUAGCUGAUAAUUUCGGUAUUAAGACUCCAUAUUUGGAAUUUUUGUUCGCUAUGUUAUCACAAUUUGAAAAAAUUAAUUUAAAUCAAUCGAAAUGGUUUACUAGAACAAUCGAUUAUAAUAGUCUUUUGAAGGAAAAUGAUGAAUUGCGAAAGGAACUGAAGACCAAUAAGAAAGUGUCGAACGAUGAAAAGAUUGAAAAUGAUUUGAAUGCUAAACAAUUUUUAGACAGGAUUAAUGAAUUACAAGGUCAAUUAGAUGCGUCCAAAUGUGAAAUUGAAACAUUGAAGGCCUCGAUUAGUCAUUCUAAUGAAGACAACCCUUCUGCGGGAUUAGGUAUUAUCAAAUCUAAAAGUAAUAAUAAUAGUAUUGAGCCUGAUCACGAUAGAAGUCUUGUAGCUCCUUCUAUGAUAAGUGAGAGAAGCCAAGAAAAACCAUUGGAUAUACCAAGUUAUAACAACAAUAAUAAGGAUAAUAAGGAUAACUCCUUGGAAAACGAUGAAAAAGAACAAUCCUUAAAAGAAAGGGAAAUUGAAUUACAAAGGAAAGAACUAGAUUUGAAACAAAGGGAAUUAGUAUUCAAGCAACAAUCUAUUCUCCAGCAACAACGUCAAAUAACUCAUAAACAGCAACAGUACUACCAAUCGCCUCAGUUGCCAACUGAAACAUUUGCCACUCCGCCAAGAUCACCUGUCAUUAACAACCAUAGUUCUAAUGACUCAAGGAAAGCUUCUUAUACAAAACUCCAUAAUAUCAAUAAGAAUGGACGUAGUACUUCCAACACUAAUCCGACAUUAUUAGCAAAUAACUUUGUGGAUCCAAUUUCCUCAGGAUUGCCUCCAUUGCAAACUUCAAACAUGGAUAGCUUUGGUGAAUCGUCAUCUUCACCAAAUGUUCCAUAUCAUCAACAUCACGCUAUAAAACCAACAAGUAGGAAAAAUAGAACAAGUAAUAUGCCAAGGAUUGGGAAUCCGUCGAGUUUAACUUCCAAUAGCUUAAAUAAUAAUACUAGUAAUCCAUCUACUCCACUUUCACCUGGAUUCGGUUCAACUCGUGUAUCGUCCUUUCCCUCUCCACCACUGAAUAAUCAUCAUAAUAACAAUAACAAUGGUAUUAAUAAUUAUAAAUUAAGGGAUAAUAUUUUGAAUACAAGUGGACUCGAUAUGCCAACUCCGAACAAGGUAAGGAAUUCCCCAGUACUUGGCGUAAAUAAUAAUAAUAACCAUAACAAUAACAAUAAUAAUGGACAAAGGCAGAUAAGUACAAGUACUAUGUUAGAUCAUGCAACAGAGAAUAAAUUCCCGAUCAACGGAGGUCCUGCGCCAAUUGACUCAGACUUACCAUCAGGACCAAAUGUUAACAGCAUGUCUCCUACUAUACCUGAGUUGGCACAACCUAAAUACCAAUUUAGUAGUUUCUCUAACACUAACUCUAAUUCAAAUCCAUCAUCUAAUGAUACCACUGCUGAUACUUCUAAUGAACAUACUGGAGAAACAGACGAUAAUGGUGCUCACGCGGCUGAUGGAUCAGAGAAGAAAAAGAAGAAGAAGUUUGGUGGUUUAUUCAAAAAGAAGGACAAGAAGAAGAAAUAA